UGGAGGCUGUUUGCUGGGUAAGGAGGUCUCAGUGUAGUCACUUUGUGAUUAAUCUUCUCCCCCCCCGACCCCCCGGUCCGCAGUGAGAUGGCUGGAUGCUGUGAAUACAUCAGUUGGUUGCGUGAAGAAGAUGCGAGGUACUCCUGAAAGCGAGGUAACCUCUGGUGUGACCGUGGCUUGCUCCAUGAUUCGAUGGCUACUUUUGGCGCUUUUUAGCCUGCAAAGUGCACAUUUCGGAUCUGGACGGGAGGCGCAAGAUGACGGGCAAGGUUUGGGGGCCAGAUGGGCCCGUCCGUGGGCCGCAGAUUGCCACGGUGUAGGAUGGUCGGUCGCCUUACGAGGCGGCGGCGGAGGGCUGUGGGAUGUAAACGGGAAGACGCAGUAUGACUGGCGGGAAUGGCAUAUGAGUCGUUCCAAGCUGAGGUUCCGUGUCAGUCAGUCAGUCAUCGGAUGGGAUCGAGGCGGGAAGAGGCGGGCUUCUCCCUCGUCAUAUCCGUACACUAGGCAACACUCAUCAUAGGGGGCAUCUCCCGGCUUCUUUCUUGGUGAUGGGACUGAGGGCCUGAGCACCCCGACUGGCCAUUAUGGAUCACAGUGAGUUGCUCAGCGGCUGUGCCGCACUGGUGCGCAGAUACUCCGUAGUCAUAACGAUACUAGCAGUGAUACAUGGCCGCCAUGGACAGUCCCAAGAGGAGGUUCAGGUUGCAGUGCGCCAACGCCACUCAGUCUGGGUCUUGGCAUUGGAAAGCCUUUGGGGGGUUAAAGUUGCAGUGAAAUUG